AAAAGAAAAUGUGGAUUUUUAAAUACGGGAGAUGAUAGGAAGAGGAAAAGACAGCAUUCCAACAGAGAGACUCCGAAGAUGUGUUUUGCUGUUGUAGCUAUUACUACAUAGUUCUUAUAUAACUUAAAACAGUUUUGUGGCUUGUCUUCUAACUAAAUGGAGACUUUUAUAAAAGCCCACAAGGCCAAGAUCUUCUAUCCUAUUCCAUGUACCAAACUAUUUCUCGACUGAAGAGUUCCCAGGCUCUGGGGGCUUGGUGACACUCAAAUAAUUCAUUGUUCAGUAACUGAUUUCUAAGACUUGCGUAGCUUUCAGCCACAUCAUUUGUCUCCCAUUGUAGUCGCAGGUUACAGUGGUUGGUUGUUGCUCCACGGGCAUUUUAAUUGGCAUGCAAGCUUAAUUUCAAUUAUGUCUGAAAUACUCAUUUCCUAAAUUCACCAGAAUAGUCUCUUUAAUAUUCAUCUGCGCUUUCUUUUUACGCCGAUUCUAAAAAGCAUCCUACCAGGUUUGUUAAAAGCAGGUGUAUUAUUGCAUUCUCUCCAGAGGUCUUAAUGAAAUAGCAGUCAAAGAAACAGUUGGGACUUCAACAUGGCUUUCCAUGUGGAGGGGCUGGUGGCCAUAGUUGUAUUCUACCUGGCUAUCCUGGCAGUUGGGAUAUGGGCUGCUUGGAAAACCAAGAACACGGGCACCGAAGGAGAUCGCAGUGAAGCUAUUAUAGUCGGUGGCAGAGACAUUGGCUUGCUAGUUGGUGGAUUUACAAUGACUGCCACGUGGGUUGGAGGAGGUUACAUCAAUGGGACAGCAGAAGCUGUGUAUGUCCCAGGCUACGGUCUAGCUUGGGCUCAGGCACCUAUCGGAUAUUCCCUUAGUCUGGUUUUAGGUGGUCUUUUUUUCGCAAAACCCAUGCGCUCCAAAGGCUAUGUGACAAUGCUAGACCCUUUUCAGCAGCUUUAUGGAAAAAGGAUGGGAGGGCUACUCUUUAUUCCAGCUUUAAUGGGAGAAAUGUUUUGGGCUGCUGCCAUCUUCUCUGCCUUAGGUGCCACUAUAAGUGUGAUCAUUGACAUUAAUGUCAAUAUUUCAGUCAUUGUUUCUGCCCUGAUUGCAACUAUGUACACGCUUGUGGGUGGGCUGUAUUCUGUGGCCUACACCGAUGUAGUUCAGCUCUUCUGCAUCUUCCUGGGACUGUGGAUCAGCGUACCCUUUGCAAUGUCCCAUCCUGCAGUGACAGACAUUGGGCUCACAGCUGUGCAGCAGGUGUACCAAACACCUUGGCUUGGAUCUGUCAACCCCAGUGACAUCUACACAUGGCUGGACAAUUUCCUUUUACUGACAUUAGGAGGAAUCCCAUGGCAAGCAUAUUUCCAGCGAGUUCUUUCUUCAUCUUCUGCCACAUAUGCUCAAGUUCUGUCAUUUCUGGCUGCUUUUGGCUGUCUUGUGAUGGCUCUUCCUGCAGUACUUAUUGGUGCAAUUGGAGCAUCUACAGCCUGGAAUGAGACUGAGUACGGUGUCCCUGACCCCAUAACUAAAAAAGAAGCAGAUAUGAUUCUCCCUAUUGUGCUGCAGUACCUUUGCCCAGUCUAUAUCUCGUUCUUCGGCCUCGGUGCUGUAUCUGCUGCGGUGAUGUCAUCGGCUGACUCUUCAAUUUUAUCAGCAAGUUCGAUGUUUGCUCGGAACAUUUAUCAGCUUUCCUUUCGGCAAAAUGCUACAGACAGGGAAAUCGUGUGGGUCAUGAGAAUCACUGUUUUUCUGUUUGGAGCAUCAGCAACAGCAAUGGCACUGCUGGCUUCAUCAGUGUACGGCCUGUGGUACCUCAGCUCUGACCUUGUUUAUAUCAUCAUAUUCCCCCAGCUCCUGUGUGUGUUAUUUAUUAAAGGAACCAAUACCUACGGUGCCAUUGCCGGAUACUUAUUUGGCCUUGUUCUCAGAAUAACUGGAGGAGAACCGUACCUUUACCUUCAGCCCUUGAUCUACUAUCCUGGCUGCUAUCUGGGUGAAAAUAAUAUCUAUAUCCAGCGAUUCCCAUUUAAAACACUUGCUAUGCUUACCUCCUUCUUCACCAACAUUAUAGUCUCCUACUUAGCCAAAUACUUAUUUGAGAGUGGGACUUUACCACCAAAGCUGGACUUCCUUGAUGCUGUUGUUGCCAGGUACAGUAGAGAACACAUGGACAAAGCAACUCUUGUAAAAAGUGACAAUAUUGUGUUAAACGAACUCGCGCCUGUGAAUCCACGACACAGUCUAACUUUGAGCUCAACUUUCACAAACAAGGAAGCCUUCAAUUAUGUUGAUUCGAGUCCAGAGCUGUCCAACACUGAAGAUAAUUAAAAAAUCUGGUAGCCACAGGCAAAGCAAUGAGAAGCAGGAUAUUCUACAAAGAAUGGUAAGAGGCAUUUUAUCAGAAGAAAAGCAAGAACUGGGAAUAAAAUGCAGCUGCACAAUUCUUUAACCUGCUCCUAGGAGCAGGAGUAUCCCAUGGGAGGAACUCUUUUCUGUUAUUAUCCAACAUGUUGGAUUAGAUCAUAGAGUGUUUACCAAAAGAUACACUCAGAUCCCAUGCUAUCCACCCAGAAUAUAUACUGUGUAAUUAAAAAAAAUAUUUACAAUUGAAAAUAUGUGUAGCAGAAAAAGUGCAAACGUUAUUUACCUAGGACAUCAUACGAAGAUAUUAUAAUACAGUCACUCUGAAAUACUAUCAGUCAACAUUUUAUUGGCAUCAAGUGAAAAUACAUUGUCACAGCUAUAAGUUAUUUAUUACUAAAGAGCUAGUUGCUUGAGCAAAGACAGAUAGAUAACUUCCCUGGGUUUUCGGUCUGAUUGUCUUUUUCCUCAUAAAGAAAUUCAAAUAAUACGAAUCUAGUAUUUUAUUAUUUGUAUAAGACAGCAAAACACGCAAAUAGUAAUAAAUUCCUUAUAGGAGUGCUAAACAUCAUAUAUUAAUUAAGAAAGUUAAAAUGAAGUCACCAGUUUAAAAUGAUGUUAUACCUAAUGCAAGACAACCUAAACAAAAUAUGUUACUAUAGGUGUUUUUUUAUCCUGUGGUUAGUGGCUGUCACCAAUGGAGGAUAACAAAAUUUUUAAAGCAAUAAUUGGAGUUGAAACUCAGCUUGUGAAAAAUGAUAGAAGUCUUAUAAACUAAAUAGAAGUUUGCAGUGUUAAGAAAAGAAGCCUUCUCUUGACUUGUCAUCAAAAUGAACACUGAGCAAAGCAAUCUGACACCAAGCAACUACAGCAAUGGAACAAAUAUUAAAAUGUAAGAAGAGUCAAGAAGGCUUGAAAAAACAGCUGAGAGGGUUUUCCAUGGGGAAAAUUUCCAUUUUUCAUGUAAUAAAAAAGUUUUACCUCUGAGGUAUCAAAAAGUCUUUUGGGUUGGACUUGCUGGUAUUACUCUGGAAAGUGUAGAUUUUCCAUGGAAAAUCACAUUUUCUCAAAAAUUUGAUUUCCCAUGGGAAAAACUGGAUUGCUGGACAGCUUUUCAUGUCUGUGAGUUUCUACCUCCAAAAACAGCAGCAGCAGCUUGGAGGGGAACUGAAAGGAGAACUGAGCCCACAAGCGUAGUGUAAGGGACAGGGGUGUCUUCCACUAUACGCUGGACUCCUUCAGUAACAACUGUCAUCCUGGGACAUCAUGGUGACUCUGCGGAGCACAAGCAGUGACCAGGCACAAACGAGACUUCGCUCAUGAAUGGCAAUGCUGGCCAGAAGCAGCAAAGCAGGGAGAUGAGGCCUCUUCUGACUUCACCCUGGCCAGCAGGUAGCACGCAAUGUCGCUUCCAUUUGCUCACGGCCGAGAUGAUUGUGUCUGUCCCCAUUGGUACGUGCCUUUCACAGUGGGAGAUCUAAUAGAUAGAUUUCUGUACGAGUAAGAGUUAUGCUCCAGUAAUUCUUUAUUAAUAUCUGUGCAUGACACAAAAUGUUCAAGUGAAAUCUAGGUAAGCUCCUGUUGCUGGUCACUGGUGAAAUGUCUUCUUUAGUGUUCACAGUACAAGGAGCUAUCCUGGAGGAUAGGAGAUAGGUUUUGCUGCUAAAGGAAGAAGCCAUCAACUUGUGCAUUCGAUGUUGACAUAAACUUUCACAAGGUUGAAUCCUUAGAUAUGUUUUUGCUCCUUUUGUGGAGUUUUAACAGCAUAUAUAUAUUUUAUAUGUAGAGAAAAUUAAUUUUAGAGAUGUUGAUUUUUUUCUUCAUACACUGCAUUUAAAAAUAACACUGCAUCUCAGUUCUGAAUAUGUAUUGUGAACUGUGGUACUACUGUGUUAACAAACAUUGAGUGUGCUCUGGGGGAAGGGAAUCAAAAUCACGAUCUACACUAAAAACCAGGAAGAGCCAGUAUAACAAAGAAAUGAAAAAUUUCUGAGGAAUGAGUGAAGGAUCCUGAGGAUCCUCAGGGUCCUGAGGAUCUCACAAACCAGAUGUGAGCAUAGCAGUUUUCAUUCCCCCAUGAACCAUGGAAAACAGAAGAGGAAAGAGAUCAUGUGGAAGUAAGGGAGAGGAGAACAGAGCCACUGCUGAAUUCUUAUCCAUUUCUGGCCCAAAUCCACUAGCCUGAAUACCUUCUUAUGAGAAAAUAUCAAGCCACAGUUUUGCCCGCUUACAUAGCCAACCCUUUAAGCUGCAGUUCCAAAUUAAGUUAGGGCAUCCCAUUCUACAGCCACCUGUAGUUCUUCCUGAAAAUUUUCUCUUACUUCAGUUUUGUCUAGGAAUUGUUAGAAUUCCUAUGAGAAGCUGCAUAGUGGCCAGAUGUUUUGAAUAUAGCAACAUUUCUGUAUUAUUUAUUUCAAAAAUCCCAAGGGAAGGAGAAGGGGGUUCAGCUGGAAUCUUUUAAGAAAUUUUGAUUGAAAAAUAAAAAUCUUUCCUUUCCCAUGUAUUCCCUUGUUGCCAUAAAAACAUAAAGGCUUUUAAAAUGCUCAAAGUGAAAAAUUAAGAUGCAUCAGUCCAGAAAUUUCAAGCCAGAUGCUUUCAACAUUAUCAGAAUAUUUUAUACUGUUUAUGCUGUUGAAUAUUUUUGUGAAAUCACUGUGAUUCCACAAAGUAUUCCUGUUCAGGUGGAACUGUGUGUUUUCUGGUGGAAAAUGGUUCCGACAAAGUUUUCCAGUCCUCUCUGUGGAGACUGAAAGGUUAUUGCACUUUUACAAGUAGCACACCAUGGAAGCUUUAUCAUGCAAAGGAGAGAAGUGGCACUGAAGACUGUGCGUCAUGGGACCAUAACUCUGCUUUCUACAUACCAGGUCUCUGUGCGUGCCUUUGCAUGAGUACAACAUGGGCUGCCGUGGUUGCAGUGGAGGGACAACUCCAAAAGCCAAACUGAAUAGCCCUGUGCAAAGUCUGUUUACCAGUUUUAUUGUAAAAUUGGUUUUAUUUAUAAUUCUGCUAUCCUACCAUUAAAUUUAUACAGAGUUGUUCAUAUAACCAAAGGCCAUACCUGUGAUUCAUGGAAAAAAAGAAAAAGAAAAGAGAACAAAAUACAACAAAGUUACUUUCAUGAGCAAAAUGCCAAUGGGACGUGAUUCUUCAAGUAAACUUUAUCUUCAUGGGAAUCAUCAGAUGCUCCUUCUCCACUUUUGCAAUAUGUAGACAGUAGUACUAUGCACUAAAUUGGAUCUGUAAUCAGUGAAGCAAACAGCUCAUUUUCAGACACUGAGGUUAUUGUUUCUGCGCCUACAAUUUCUAGAUAAAAUAUUCAUAUCACAAUCAUACAUUUUACUUUCAUAUUCUUAACAUUUGUGAAUAACACUUAUUUGACAGGGUUUUUUACCUCCUUUGCAUGAGAUGUGUUCAUAAAAUCAAGGUUAGUAACAUAGCUGAGAUGUCAAAAAAAAGUUACAGUUUCAUCUAUAUUUGUCCAUAUGGGAUGGUAUAUGUAUUAUAAAUAAAACAUACUUUUGUGAACCUGAACUGAAUGUAAACAUUAAGUGGAUCAAAUAAACUAAAGUAAAAGAUUUAGUCUUUUAUUUUCGUAUAGUACAAGAAUUUAGGAUUUCAAAUAUAAAUAUCAUAGGAAAAAAAAGUGUUACUCAUUUUUCCUUCUGCCCUUCAAGCGUAUUUGAUCAAGUACCAUGUGCAGUUAUACAGUAAGUUAUUGUAAGUCUGCUAUUAAUCAGGGCAAUAUUUGUGGCUAUUGUUAAAAAGAAAAAGUAUAUUUUUGUCUGUGUCAGAAAUGUUAUAUUAAGACUAUACCUAACAAAGCAGAUAGGAAGCAUUAUAUAAAUGUAUAUGUUUUAACUUCAUUUGUAUUGUAUUCAAUAGUGCCCAUGCAAUUCAGGAAAAUAUUGUCUGGUUUGGGGUCUGUUUUGUCCAUCUAUUAAAAAUAAAG